AUGUCGCCAUAUCCGUGGGAGUAUAUGGAUAUACUAGUGUCUCCGCACUUUACAUUACUCCUCUUUGUGGCUGUGAAUGAAAAAAAUUCACCGCUAUGUCACCAACAUGGAAACCUAAUCUGUGGACAAUGUGUAUGUGAGGCAACAAGAGGAGGUGACCGAUGCGAAUGCCCAUUAGCAAGUUAUGGGGUCAAGAAUGCGCUCGAGUUGGAGGAUCGUUGUAGAGAGUAAGG